AUGGCCCCUAUUCGAAAUGCUGCAGUUAUUUUCGCUGAAGUACCGACAGGAUAUCCGGAAGCUGGUAAACAUUUGAAGUAUGUUCAAGAUCGAACCAUCGAUCUCGACACUGUGGAUGUGCAAGACGGUAUUGUGACAAAAAAUCUUGUGGUUUCUAUUGAUCCUUAUAUGCGUGGACGAAUGCGAGAUGCCGAUAAAAAAAGUUAUUCAUUUGAAUUCACGCUCAAUGAACCAUUGCAGAACUUUUUCGUGGGCAAAAUUGUUAAAUCCGGCAAUACAAACUUUCCUGUAGGCCAAUAUGUGUACGGAAUGGGUGUCUACGAAGAAUAUACUGUUCAUCCAAAAGCUUCAACUGAUCACCUUCGGCUUUUGAGCGAAGCACAACUCAAAGCGGGCUUACAACUUACAACAUGGGUAGGAGCAGCUGGAAUGCCAGGUCAAACAGCGUAUCAUGGUUUUUAUGAUAUCGGAGAACCAAAGAAAGGUGACACGAUUUUCAUUACUGGAGCAUCAGGUGCGGUUGGUCAAAUCGUUGGACAACUUGCUAAACGUGAAGGUUUAACAGUAAUCGGAUCAGCAGGCUCUGAUGACAAAGUUAAGUGGCUCAAAGAAGAAUUGAACUUCGAUCAUGCAUUCAACUAUAAAACGGCCGAUGUCAAAGCUGAACUUGCCAAAUUUAAGCCAUUGAAUAUCUAUUUUGAUAACGUUGGCGGUGAUCAAUUGGAAGCUGCACUUGAUGCUGCUGAUAAUCACGCUCGAUUUAUUGAAUGUGGAAUGAUUUCUCAGUACAAUGAACGCGAUGCUCAUGGUAUUCGAAAUCUAUUUUUGGUCGUUGCUAAACGCAUAAAACUUCAAGGUUUUAUCGUUUUCGAUAAAUUUAGCGAUCCCGAAUUUUUCAAAGGAUUCUACUCGAAAAUCCCCAAAUGGAUUGUUAGUGGCGAACUUAAGAUUAAAGAAGAUGUUACCAAAGGUUUAGAAAAAGCACCCGAAGCGAUCAUUGGUAUAUUCCGUGGUAAUAAUUUCGGCAAAGCUGUCAUUCAAAUAGCUGAAGAUAAUUGA